GAGAGAGAGAGAGAGAGAGAGAGAGAGAGAGAGAGAGAGAGAGAGAGAGAGAGAGAGAGAGAGAGAGAGAGAGAGAGAGAGAGAGAGAGAGAGAGAGAGAGAGAGAGAGAGAGAGAAAGAGAGAGAGAGAGAGAGAGAGAGAGAGAGAGAGAGAGACAGAGAGAGACAGAGAGACAGAGAGAGACAGAGAGAGAGACAGAGAGAGACAGAGAGAGAGAGAGAGAGUUCUGAUCAGUCGCACUGGAUAUGAGCUCCUGCUAAAUACUGAAUUACUGCUGUAAUUGGAGGUAAAACUUCAGAAAAACUUUGUCUAAGACAGUUAAGAAUAUAUAAGUGAAGAAAGAAGCGCUCAGUUUCAGUGAUUGAAGCGCAUUUCCGAAAUACCGGAGAUCAGCAGCGCUAUUAUAACGGACAGAGACGGAGCGCACCGCAGCGGACAGACCGCGAUUAUACGAUUACACAACAGCUGUCAAACACAAUGACAACAUAAACUCAUCUCUCUCUGAAGAAGAGCGGUUACCAUGGAAAUCAUUUAUCCUGCCGACAUUAAAGGAGUUCAAAGAAAAGCAUUUAAACAAUCAAUGCUUCACGAACACCCAGAAUGCCUUUAUGUAGAUCUGACUUCACAAGAAAAAAAGGCGAAUCUCAUCUUCUACACAGACAGAGAUCAAAGGUGGAAAAAUGCCAUUAUAAAUCAUUUCCCCUUCACUAAGAAGAAAGGGAUCUGUAAAGGUAGUCAGAUCUGUAUUUAUGAAUCAGCAGAUCACACUUCCCAUUACCAGACCAUCAACCUGUAUAACAGUGGAACAGUAUUAAUCCAAGGGAAUGAAGCAAGUCUACGGGCGUUUGAGGACUUAUUUGCUGAUUUAAAACAGAGAGUUGAGAACAAAACUCAGUGCAGCAUUGAAGAGGAAUCUGAAGAAGAGAAUGAACUGAUACCCGGCUCGCCUGUCAGUUUAUACUCUGCUCCAUCUGAUGAACUGAUGGUUACUCAGACAUCUACCUUUAUCCAGUGUCUCCCCGAGAAAAUGGCUCUUUUAGAAAUGGAGAUGUCAGAAUUAAAACAGCUCAUCUUUAACCGCCCAGAUGAAUUCAACAUAAAAAACCUUAAUGCUGAGAUAAAAGAUUUGCACAACAACAACAUGACACUUAGGGCUGAAAUGGCAAAAAUGAAAGAGGAAUCAAUAGAGAGAGAAAGAAACUUAGAAAGAAACAUCGAGGAGCUGAAAGAAAAACUGACAGAACACAGUGAAGUCUAUCAAUAUAUGCACAAAGAAAGGAACUCCUCUGACUACACAGAAAUGGAUUCACAGAUGCAUUAUGAAGGGAUGUCACGCAAUUCUACACCUCAAAACUCAGCGAGCAGCUUCACAAAUGUGACCACCGAUACACAGCCACCAUUACAAGAGGAUCAGCCUCCUUCCAACAAAACAUCAGAGACAAUUCAGCCCUCAUCUCACAGAACAUCAGAGGCUCCGCCCUCAUCUCAAAGAACACCAGAGGCUCCGCCCUCUUCUCGCAGAACACCAGAGGCUCCGCCCUCAUCUCAAAGGACACCAGAGGCUCCGCCCUCUUCUCACAGAACACCAGAGGCUCCGCCCUCUUCUCACAGAACACCAGAGGCUCCGCCCUCAUCUCACAGAACACCAGAGGCUCCGCCCUCUUCUCACAGAACACCAGAGAUGCCUGAGGCCCCUGUAGUUCUUCUGAUGGACUCAAAUGGCACAAAAUUAGUGCCCAAGAAACUUUUCCCCAGACAUGGAGUUAUAGCGCUCCGCUGCAGAAACACAGAACGUGCUCACGAACUGCUCACUGGAGAUGAACUUGGAAGUCCUCAGUGUAUUAUUAUUCACACUGGUACAAAUGAUCUUCAUGGUCUUAAUGAAGGUACAGCUAAAGCUAUGCAUGAUAUGGCAAAGAAAGCCUCACAAACAUUCCCUUCUUCACGUGUCCUGAUCUCCACUCUGCUACCAAGACUCGACUUCCCUCCGUCGGUGAUUGAUAAGAUCAAUCAAGAGGUCAGUCGUACCUGCUCCAGCCUGCCCAACGUACAUUUAGUCCAUCAUCGCUCCAUAAGACCCUGGCACCUACAUGAUGGUCUCCACCUAAAUCAGGAUGGCAUCAGGAUUUUUGCUAAAGCUAUUAAAGAUGUUGCCCUCGGACGUGCAACAAGAAGUAGUAACACACGAAUGCAGUUUGAUCCAUCUGGGCCUUCUCACACUAGACCAUCACAAGACCGCCUCAGACGACCCACAACAUCACAAUGGACUAACAAACAACAUGAUAGACAUCCCUACGAUGAAGCCCCUUCUCAGCUUCCUCUACCUGAGCGGCCCCAGCGGAACUACGGCCGGCACCUUUCAGCUGAGCCGCCCCUGCGGAACUACGCCCAACACCCUUCAGCUGAGCUGCCACAGCGGAACUACGGCCAGCACGCUUCAGGUGAACAGUCCCAGCAGCCUUUGAGCUAUGCCCAGGUAUUAUCACAAAAGCCUCCAGUAUCAUCAUCAGCCCAUGAACUUAAUUCCAAUGAUGUGGGAGAAAUCAAGAGACUGCUAAAUCUCCUGUGCAACAAAAUAUUCAACUAGAAAUUCUAACUUAAUUCAUA